CGGUCGACGACGGGACGAGUGGGCCGAACUCCACAUGUGAUUCUCGCGAGUUCCCUCGACGAUUCGUCGCGUCCGCCAGAGCAGCGACCGCCAGUCCGCCGCACCGAGACCCCGAGACCGCCGCCUCUGGGGCGCCUCGCGAGUGACCAAGUGACCGCGGGUUAAAUGUUUCCUGCACCCCGACUCCCGGACCCGUGUCAACGCAGAGGAUUUUUCUCGACGCGGCCCCGGGAUACAAAGGAAUCCCGCGCGGUGCCUCGAGCGUCCUUUCGAGAUUCGAAGCGCAGCAAUGUCGUGCCGAUCUCCGUGAGCGUCUCUCGGUGAGGCCCGAAAAUCCCGCCCGAGGGGAGCGAGAGGGAGAGGGCGAUACGCGCGGCCGGCGGGUAGGAGAGAGAUGGCGAGCGCGGCGAGCGGCCACAAGAGGAACGGCUCGAGCUCGAGCAUGUUCGCCCACAAAAGGACGGAGUCCGGGGGCGGCUUCAUCGGUCACAAGCGCUCCGAGAGCGGUCAUAAACGCACCGAGAGCAUAUCCAGUGCCUUCGGCCACAAGCGAUCGGAGAGUGGCCACAAAAGGAACGAGAGCGGCGGAGGUUUCGGCCACAAAAGGUCGGAAUCCGGCAGCAAUUAUCAUGCAGGCCAUCGACGAAACGAGAGCAUGUAUGCUAUGACGGGACUUUAUGCGGAAAGCGCGAGUACCGAUGCCGGGGAAAAUGCGGAGCCGACCCAAGCCGACAGCAAUAGACUGACUCAUGACACCGUGAUUAGGUGCCACAGUAGAAACCCCAGCUCCGGCCUCGUGGAUCACAGAGAUUUUAUCAUCAAAUGUCACAGCAGAAAUCCCAGUGCUUCCAUGGUGGACAGGGCCGAAAAGGAGAGACCGCAUACGCCGCCGAUCAAGCCGGACUCGAAGGAUUGCGGGAUUUUGACUUGCAGGCCGGACUUCAUCCAAAAAUUCGCAGGAAUAAAGGUGUUCGUGUUCCUACUCUCGUUCCUCGUCACGCUGCAGCAGGCACUCAGCUCAGGUUAUAUCAAUUCUGUGAUCACGACUAUAGAGAAGAGGUUCGAGAUCCCUUCCAGCCUCUCGGGCCUCAUCGCAAGCUCCUACGAAAUCGGCAAUGUCAUCACUGUCAUAUUUGUCAGCUAUCUUGGCAGCCGGAGGCACAUCCCUGUCUGGAUUGCCAUAGGUGCUGUGAUAAUGGGUAUAGGUUCAAUGAUUUUUAUGGUGCCACACUUCACCGCCGAGCCGAAUUUGACAACUUCUGCCAAUAAUUCCAGCUCGGACAAUAUAUGCCGUGGUAUUUCCUUGCGCGAACAAGAUAUGGGACUGGGUCGCCUAUCAACCGGGCUCUCGUCGCCUCCAUUAGCACCUCACAAUAAUCUGAGGGUUGAUAACUGUAUUCAAGGAUCACCUUCAACGGCUGGACCGGUGCUGUUGUUCGUAAUCGCUCAGCUUUUGCUGGGCUGUGGGGGUUCACCUUUGUUCACCUUAGGUACUACUUACAUUGACGACCACGUGAGACCUGAGAGCGCGUCAUUGUAUAUCGGAUGUAUGUACAGCAUGGCAGCGUUUGGACCGGUCUUGGGUUUCCUGCUUGGAGCAUAUCUUUUGUCAUUUCACAUGGAUUCAUUUUCGGGCACGAUCAUCAGCAUCGAUCCAGGAGACCACAGAUGGGUAGGAAUGUGGUGGGGAGGUUUCUUGCUCUGCGGACUUCUGCUAAUUCUAGUAGCAAUCCCGUUCUUCAGCUUCCCAAAAACGCUACAGCGGGAGAAGGAGAAAAUCCGGAUAAUUGAAAAGAGCAAGGCAAUAUCUGGGAAAGAGAAGGACCAGAAUAAGGAGCCGAAGAAGGAACCACUGGAUGAUACCGGAUACGGGAAAGAUGUGAAAGAUAUUCCACGCAGCAUGUGGAGGCUCGUAUGUAAUCCCGUCUACGUAGUCACGUGCCUCGGUGCUUGUAUGGAGCUUGUGAUCGUAUCCGGCUUCGUGGUCUUUCUACCAAAAUAUCUGGAAACCCAGUUUAGCCUGGGCAAGAGUCAGGCGAGCAUAUUCACAGGAUCCAUUGCCAUUCCUGGGGCGUGUAUAGGGAUUUUCUUCGGGGGUUGCCUGUUAAAACGCCUCGAAUUGAGACCGAAGGGUGCUGUACAAUUCGUCCUGGUAUCCAACGUUGUCUGCCUGGUUUGCUACGGCCUACUAUUUUUCCUGGGCUGCGACAACGUUAAAAUGGCUGGCACUACUAUUCCGUACUUCAAUAGCACGACCAAGGCACCGGAGCCUUUUCAAGUCAAUCUUACAGCUGCCUGCAAUUUCGGUUGCGAGUGUCGGAUGAACGACGUCGAGCCUGUUUGCGGCAACAAUGGACUUACAUACUUCAGUCCUUGCCAUGCAGGAUGCACAGCAUUCAGCUCCAAGUCUAACUUCACCAACUGCGCCUGUAUACACGGAAAUUUGACGAUGCUACCACCAGCCACGCCAGAGUUUGCAGAAGUGACGGUAGUUCCUGUAGCCACGGCAGGCCCCUGCAUAUCCCCCUGCAAAACGAUAUUUCCAUUUCUCAUAUUAUUAUUCUUCAUGACUUUCAUCGUCGCCGUCACGCAGAUGCCUCUGCUGAUGAUAGUCUUGAGGUCGGUUUCGGAGGAGGAGAGAUCUUUCGCCCUCGGCAUGCAAUUCGUGAUUUUUAGAUUAUUCGGAUACAUACCUGCGCCCAUUCUUUUUGGUAACCUGAUCGAUUCCACUUGUCUGCUGUGGAAGAGCACCUGUGGGGAAAAGGGCGGUCGUUGUUUGCUCUAUGACAUAGAGCAGUUCAGAUACCGGUACGUGGGCCUCUGCGCCGGUAUCAAGAUCCUAGCACUGGCACUAUUCUUGGUGGACUGGUGGUUGGUGAGGAGACGAAGACAGUUGGAAGAUCAGCGGCCGUCCUUGACGGUGAACGAGCUCGUGGGAUCCAUCAUUAGUCUUGACAAGCUCUUUGAGGAGAAGCCGCAUCAUCAGAACCUAGGCGAAGGUGACAACGCGACAUCUCCGAGCACCGAGACGCCAACUCCGUCCUCCGUCUCGUCACCUACGGAGCCUACCAAGUCCACGAACCUCGAGGAGACCACCGAAUCGUCGAAUCACACCAACUCGACCUAAAGACGCAAUAAGUAUAUCGAAGGGACGCAGAUCUCGGAUUUGUGGUAAAUUGUUCUUUUUUUCUCCGUGGUUCUUUUCACUCGUGAGAAUUUACAUGCCACGAGAGCUGUAUCACUUCAUCGACAUGACCACGAACGCCUACGGGAAGAGCACGUGUCGUAAUGUGUGACUGCUAGAGCAUGUGUGUAUCCUUUACCAUUAACCGUUUAGUUGUAACGCUCUUGGACUACUUUCUAAUUAAUCAGUUCAUCCAUUGAUCGGUAAGCCCUGAUAAGUCCUCGCAGGGAUCUUUCCGAAACUCACGGAAAUCUCAAUCUCGCCUCGCAACGCUCUGUUAGGAUCUCGAUCAUUUGUACAGAAAAUUCGCGACAGGUGUGCCGGCAAAGUAUACAUUAUUUUUCAGCGAGUAUGCAUGUGUGCUUGCAAUUUACGUGUGUACCGUGUACACGGAUAUGCGUCCUCGGUUCCGCGACGUCGAUAAUGCUCGCUUGACGUUUAUAUUAAUUUUGUCGGAAAUUUUAAUGCGGACUACCUAAUAAUCCUAAGGUUUCAAUAUCACUAGGGAGUAAUUGUCUUUCGCGCGAGGCACGAAUGCUAAAUUAGGCUGCAAUAUCGACGAGAAUUUGGAUAGUAUGAGUGUCGUUCGGGUUAAAUUUAAUUACACGGUUUAGGCUCUGGACUGAGUUUGGAAACUGUUUUAAUGGUUCAUGGGGAUUCGGAGCAGCUUCUGACGUGACGGAUCACUCGAAACAUGCGAGCCUUUUAGGUGUUUCACUUAUAUUCGGGAAUUAAGGUAUGUGGAAUUCGGGAGGAAAGUGAUUUCGAUAGGGUGUAACGAUAUAUAAAGGGACGAAAUUGUAAAUAUAAAAAUUCCUGCCUUAACAUAAUCUAAGACUUAGGUAAAUUGAGCGUUUAAUUAGUAGCUAGCUAAGGAUAUAAAGAACUAUAGUAGGGAAUUUAAUGAUAUACGAAAAUGGAAAGUCGUUAAACCGUAGAUUAAUUAAGCGGCGAUUUAUUUUCUAAGCGAGGGUCUCGUAGGUCUCGUGCAACUCAGUCAAUAUAUUGUAGUGAAUAGUGCUAUAAAGGCCACGAGGAAAUCAUAGUUGAGCUAAUUUAAUGGCUAUACGAUUACCUACUUUAUUUCAGUCGUUUUAUUCACGAUCCUGGAGAGCGAUUACAUUUUGGCCCUUGUUAUUAGAAUAAUGGUUAAGGGACUCUUUAAAUCUCGGUUACGUGGAUUUUAUAGUUGCACAAGCGGUGGCACAAUCCUCACUGUAUGAUUACAUUUUGUCCCUGUCAAAUCACUGGCAGAGAUUCAAAGAUGUGCCUACUUAAUGAUACGACGACGCAGACAUUUAAUCGCUUACAAAAAAAAGACGUUUCUGCGUUAUUACAAGAGAAACUAUAUAAAAUAUCAGAAACAAUAGCUUUGUUUCCAAAGAAAACGAUCUUGACGUGCACUCUCUUCUUAAAUGGUCCCACAAACAAUACUGAUGUCUUUCUAAAGGUACUCUCUUUCCGAUAUAACUAAUCUCUAAAUUUCUUUCUCUUGUAAUAAGGAAGAAUGCAAUAUACCUUUUUUUGUCAAACGCAUUAUUUUUUGCAAUCGUCUAUCGGCGAACGACAUAGUCACGGCCUCAGCCAUUAGUAAUCUCACACUUGGGCCUAAAAUCGCGAAUCCAGGAAGUAUUUUAAUUAAUAUUCUCAGGAGAAGUUCCGUCUUGUCGCAUAUAAGUCUCGGCUUCUUUGCUUUCAAGACACGACAGAAAAUCGUUUCGAAGAUGACGGGGAGUGUCGGCGAUAGCGGAAAUUAAUUUAAUAACUAAUUGCCUGUCGGACUGAAUCUUUCAAGCUAUUCCUUCUUUUGCAUGGCGUCAGAAUCUGUCGGUGAUUCUUCGCGCAUUCAAUUUCCUAAGCGACUUAGACAAUUGAGGGAGAAAAGCAUGUAAGGUCGGGUAUAGGUGAAAAGUUAGAAAACGAGUUAAUUAAUUAAGCAAUCUUGUCAAUUCGUUACUUUAUCGUACGCAUCUCCGGGCGUUCUCGAGGGCGCAACGCCAUUCAGCCGGUAAUUAUUUUACGAAGUCAUUGGAACUUUACGGAAAAGGGUACAAAUGGGAAAAAUGUCGGUCGAAGACCCAGCCAGUUGACGAAUCUCGCUGACGAGGACACGGCGUUAAUGGAGCAUGUUGGCGCGUUAGAGUUGCGGGCAAAUCUCAUGCGGCGGACAUGUUACUUACACCUCGUACGUAUUAAAAGGAAAAAGAAAAAAAGAAAUUCGGCGAAAAGGACUCGCAAGAGUCGCACCUCGGUCUCUUGAAACCGUCAAUUCUUUCUGCACAUACGUACGUCGAAUGCUCAAAUGUUCGCGACGACCUCGACCGUCAAGAAAUUUGUCGAACGACAUUUCCGAAAUGCUCGAGCUCGGGGUAACGCUGUUAGUGAAGUAGAAAAAGUAAUAUGAGUGCUGUGAACUAGAACGAAGCGUCGUGGAAUCAAAGGUAAAUUGAAGAUAACAGAGAGAGGAUAUUUGAUAAGGGAUGCUCUCGGUUGUCGUGUUAUUCCGAGGCGCAACGCGCAUGUACAUAAUAAUAGUUAUUUUAAUCGUAGUAACUCGUACUGAGAGGGAGGGAGAGGAGGAACGAGGGUCGGUGAAUUAUGCGAUGUUUUAUAGAGGAAGAGGGAGAGAGAAAGGCGCGUCAAUGUCGUGGUAAUAUUUUUUACGCAUUUUGAGAAGGGUCCUUGCACCCUGUUAAAUGGAACUAUCGAUUUAGAAUGGCGGCGGUCUGAUUGUUUUAAUCUUAAUCGCACGGUUGCAUAAUUGAGAGGAUUAAGUACUCGGUAGGAAUUGAACGCGGUUUGCGGAAAGCAGGAGGCACUUUUUACGGAUUUCUUUCUUCUUCUCGCCCAAGUACGUUAGAAACGGGUCAAAAUCAAUUUUAGCCCUUAUUUAAAGGAAUGUCAAAUCGAGGCAGCUGAUAAAUCCAUUUAUUUCGAAGCGAUUAACUCCGACAACUACGAGUAGUGACGUGUCAGGUAAUGUGCGUCAAAAGAAAAUUGUAAAUAAUUCUUACGGUUCAGUUAUUUCAGAAAUUUUAUAUGAAAAUGAUUAAUCUGCGUGUCGGAAGUCUAAUUGUUAUGGCGAGCUUUACGGACUUUACCAAGAGAUGAUUCGUCCCUUUUUUAAAGCACAUCGACUACGUUACUUAACUACUUGCGUCGCGAAUCUGAUUAUUUCUUUAAUUCUAUCCGGCACAAAAGAGGGUUUUUUUUCCCGUGGGAGAAACUUCCGUUUCCCAGGAAUUUCACGUCGCACGAAUUUACACGUCGUUAAUAUAUUGACGAUUAUUUUAUUCCUACUGUCGGUACGUAGAUUACAGCUGUACUGCGCCAAUAUUACUCUAACGUCGUUGUCGUGACGUUAGUUAUUUUUAAGAUCAAUUAAAUAGGUCGAUUAUCGUUGUAAUAAGUCGUAAGUGACAUUCUCCCCGUCGCGGGGGACGAUAAAAGUUUAAAGAAAAGGGCUUACCCCUAGAGGACCGAGUAAGGGAUUAAAGUAUUAAGUAAGAAAGCAUAAUGAUAACUCUUAACGAAAGAGAGCGAGAUAUAUGUAUAUCUAGGAAUUAUGAAUUAUGGUAACGUUGUAAGUCGCUUAUAGAUUUAAUGUAUUUUUUGUAGGGACCAUAUUGUAAGGAGAGUGUAAUGAAACUAUCACCGGCUUUGGAAAUUGACGUGGACUGGUGGUACUCGUUGCUCGAUUACAGAGUGUAUGCGUGUUUUAAAUCAAAUCAUUUUGCACGGUCAAUUGAAAUGGCAAAAAAGGUCAAUUUAAAUACUUUCCGUUUAUUGUGCCAACGACGGCGUUUUUGUAUUCACCAGCAUCGAGCACAGAACGAAUAAUUCUUGCCAAGUACUUUCUUACGUAAGCCCGUAUCGAUGAAGGAAAAUUAUUUUCAAUAAAAAGUCUACUUGAUUUACCCGGGAAAAAAAAUCGAGUUCUUGCAUACACUCUGGAUGACAAUAGGAAGGCAAUAUUCUCUUCGUUAGACAAAAGGAAAGGAAGGAGCAGAAACGUUCUCGAAAUCCUUACUCGAAGGAAGUUCACGGGUAUCUAUUAUUUUCUCUUUAUCUUAAUUCCGUUAAUACCGAUUAUAAUACGUAUGUUUUAACAUAGCCGAGCUAAGGUAAAAGUAACCUCGACGGUCGGCCAAGAGCUGGGAUUUGUAAAUAAAUUUUAGAGAGGUCUAGGAGCGUCACGGAGCGCUUUUAAUCUACGGAGCGCUUCGCGUAAUACAACUUAAAGUAUGCCUUAAAAAAAAAGAUUACGAUAUUAAGGGAAAUGUACCGCGAGGCGAUUUAAGGCAACGUUGCGAUUAAUCGGAGUGCGAGAGCGAAUGAGCUCUGAAAAAGUGAGAGGAAACGAGAAAAAUAACCCUUGCGCGACGAGUAGAUUGUGCGUUAAUAACUAAUACGUGGCAAUAGAGGAAAAUGGAAAACGUCUAAGCAGGGAAGUCGUGGAAGGCGGGGGAAAAUCGAGCGAUGCGUGGAAACUAGGUACAAGAAAAAUGAAAUCCAGUGGUGAUCAAGUAGCGACAAAAUGAAAAGCAGUUAAUUACGAUGUUAUAUCGACGCGAGCAGACGUCACGUUAUACGAUAUAAAUAUAUUAAAGAGUUACGGCGAGCGUUUUCAUAUUUAUAAAAUUCCCGUUUUCGCGGCGGCGAGAGGCGGCGGGCCAACGUUUUCGUUCCGCAUCUGCAUAUCACACGACAAAUGAGUUCGGAGUAUGUUCCGUUCUCUCACCGAUUUCCGGAUUCGUCGCAUUUUAGGACGAACUAGGUCGGCUAUCGCUAACACCUAAGGAGCGUCCUGCUUUCUACUCGGAUACCCUAGGAACGUAUUUUUCUUUUUCUUUCCUUUCAUACGCGAGGCACAAAUGAAUGUAUUUACGGUUAAUAAAUGUUUCGGAAAUCGUUCGAA